GACAUUGAUGAGUUGCUGUACGACCCAAAAUGGAGGAUCCUGUUAUUCCUGCAUGCACCAGCCAACCUGGAAGUCACCAUCGAGUUUCUUUGCUCUCUCCGCUUCCUCAAUGACGGAGAGGAAGUAAAGUCAGCAGCUGAAGUCACCUCCACCACCAAGGUCACGUUCACUCUGAUGGGACGACUGCUGAACCUUACCGUGGCAGACUUAGGGUGGCUGAUUGGUCUUUACACGCUUCAUGAAACGCGGAGCCUGGCCUUUGCUAAUCUGCCCGACCAGUUGGAUCCAGAAUUCGAUGCCAAAAAGUUCUGGCAAGCUCAUGGGCAUGGUCGAUUUCACAGUGGAGCAAGCUUAGCUAGGAAUUGGGCACGACCGUCUUGGAGGAUUUUGCACCAUUCCACUUGUGUGGAAUGCAAAAUCUGGAUAUUCUGGAAGGAUACCUACUCCAUUGAUCUAUUAACUAAUGAAGACCAAGUAGUCUUUGUGAAAGCUACUCAGCUUUCUAGCUGCAGAAAUAGUGUUAUUGCAUUUGUCUAUGCAAAAACAAAAAGUUGGCUUAGGAAGGACCUCUGGAAUUCAUUAGUUCAGUUUGCUCAGUCUCAUGACAAUGCUACUCCCUGGGCUGUGAAAGCUUGGGGAGUUAAUGUGACAGGCCCACCCAUGUUUCAACUCUAUGCCAAACUUAAAGCUACUAUGUUGGCUUUGAGUAAAUGGAAUAAAGAGGUCUUUGGGAAUAUAUUUCUUAAACUGGAGGAACUUGAGGCAAAUGUACAAGAGGCUGAGGAAGUAUACCAACAGGAAAACAGUGAUGAGAAUCUGCUCAAGCUAAAAGCUAUUACAGCUCAAUAUACUCAUCAGUUGCACCUUGAGGAAAUGUUUUGGAAACAAAAAGCUCAUAUCCAAUGGAUUGAAGGAGGGGACAGAAAUUCCAAGAUCACUGAUGAAGACAAUCAACAACUUGUGGCCUCUCCUUCCUUGGAAGAGGUAAAGGAUGCAGUGUUCUCUUUAAACCCUAACAGUGCUGCAGGUCCGGAUGGCUUCACUGGCCAUUUCUUCCAAAAAUGCUGGGACAUUAUACACUUGGAGAUUUUUGCUAUGGUUUCCUUCCUUUGUUGGAGGGUUCAUCUUAGAAAGCUGCCAUUGGAUACUAUUCUAUACAGGUUUGGUCAUUCUUUCCCUUCUAAAUGCUACUGCUGUACUAAACCUGAUAGAGAAUCAACUGAACAUGUGUUUGCCCAAGGAGAUGUGGCUAGAGCUGUCUGGAAUUAUUUUUGUGACCUGUUUG